AUGCUUAAUGAAGAAAACGAAGAGAUCACAAGUUACACCGCCAUUAAGGACAACGAAGGAGAACCUUUGUCGUCUUCUGCAAAUUCCGUCAAAUCAUCUACAUUAGAAAAGUCCCCAGUAGAACACAUUACAGACCAAGAUUCAAAUCAGGAGAGAAAUGUCGCAGAUAACAGUGAAGAACUGAACAAUGACUUGGAAAACAGACGUCAGUUGAUCAAAACUUUAUUGAAUGAUCGGGAUUGGCAGGAAGGUGACAACUGUGUAGUAAUUCCCAAAUCAUUCCUUGAUUCAUUUUUUGAUGAUUCAGCAACAUCACUUGAAGACUUAAGAGAAAAGAUUGGACCCAUAGAUUUUCAAAGUAUAGUGGACCAUUCAGGAUUCCUUUUUUCCACUGAAAGUGAACAUGUAGCUACAAUUGGCAUUUCCAACAACAUUUACCAACAUCUUUCUGACUGGUUUAAGAUAAAAGGACAACCUGUUAGAAGACCGCUUAUCACCAACACUGAAAAGGGUAUUUUGGAAAUUGAGAGGUGGCCGCCUAUGUUUUGGAUUCACUAUGUUGGUAAAAAGACGCAUCAACCAACUUACUUUCGUAGUGGAUAUACGAGACACAAUAAUCAUAGUAACCCGGAGAAUGAAGACCCGGUGUAUAUUUCCAUAUCGAGAAACAAUACAUUUAAAGACCUAUUAGAGUUCAUCAGAGACCAAGUUGUUAAAGCACCAAGAAGAUCAAUUGAUGAUUUCCGAUUAUGGUUCAUUUCAGGUAAUAAGGAAAACGAAUUAUCGUACAUGAUUACAGCAACAAAUUUUGUUUACAAAAUUCCCAACAAGAAUGUGGUACCUCCAACAAUUUACAGCAAAAAGUUGGCUUCAGAAGGUGUGGAUAAAAGUGUUUAUCACUUGGUGGUUGAAUACAAGGAAAAGAGCAAUCUCCAAUUUCCAAUUGAUGCAUUUGUCCAGUCACACGCCAGCACCUUAUCUGAUAGUAAGGACAAUUUUGGUGGCCAUAUGGGUCUAUCUAAUUUGGGAAACACUUGCUAUAUGAAUUCUGCAUUGCAAUGUUUGCUACAUGUACCUGAAAUAAAUCAAUAUUUUUUCCACAACAUAUACCAGAAAGAACUAAACCUGGAUAACCCGCUAGGAUACAAUGGAGAUGUUGCUAAUGCUUUUGGAUCCUUGUUGAAACAAGCUUUUGAUCCGGCAAAGGCUUCGUCUAGUAUGUCGCCGCGUGAAUUUAAACAUACCAUAGGCAGAUACAGCUCCAUGUUUUCAGGCUAUUUGCAACAAGAUUCGCAAGAGUUGUUGAGCUGGUUACUAGAUGCGUUGCAUGAGGAUCUAAAUCGUAUUCAAAAGAAGCCGUAUUGCGAGAAGCCGGAAUUAAAGGAUGACGAAGUCGAUGAUAAACAAGCCAUAGCACGGUUAUCUGAAACGUGUUGGAACCAACACAAACAAAGAAACGACUCAGUAAUUACUGACUUGUUUACCGGGUUGUACGAGUCAAUAUUGGUGUGCCCUGACUGCGGUAAGACGUCUAUAACAUUUGACCCGUUUAAUGAUUUGACGUUGCCUUUACCUAUCAAUAAGAAAUGGUAUCAUACUUUUACAAUUGUUGACUUAUCUCCCGAUGGAAAGCUUGCAAACAGGAUCAUGAAACUUGAAGUAGAGUUGAAAACCACUUCCAACUAUGAUGAUUUGGUCAAGUAUUUGUCAAAUUUUCUCAGUGUUGCUCGAGAUGAUUUGUACUUGUAUGAAGUGUUCCAACAUGGUAUCUAUGCGGACUUUCAAAAAAAUAAUAUCAAGAAUAAGUUUUUGCCUAUAAGUGAAAUCAUCAAGGAUGCCGAUGAUGUCGUUGUCUAUAUCAUUCCCCAUGACCCUGAAAGCGAAGUGGUUAUCCCGGUGUUCAAUGUAGUCCAAAAUGAUGAUACGCUGUACCGUAUGGGAAAUUAUUUUGGUAUCCCACUAUUCAUUACCCUCAAGAAAGAUCAGCUAAACAGUUUUGGAGCUAUUAGGCAAAAGCUAUUGGAAGCUGCUUCUGUCUUGACAAAUGUUGAUCUUAUUGGUGAAUAUGAGGCAAUCAAGCAAAACAAUGAGAAUUACACUGAAAAGAAAUUCUACAGCAAGCUGGAUUUCCCGUUGAUCACUAGCAUGGGUGUGGAAGGCGAGGAGGAAACAGUUGGUGAAAAUGGUUACGACAGUGAUGUUUCAUUGGCCAACCCAUACGUUGAUGCCGAUUUCGGAUUCAAGAUAAAGUAUAUUUAUGAUAGUACGCAUGAAAUACCAAGCAGCAAGUAUCGGUCCAGUUUUAGUUCCAAUAAUAGCUUUGGAACACGCCCAACGACAACUGUUCAUGUGCCUUUACACAAGCCUGCGAUUAGUAACUACAAGGUGUUGUCUGAUCAAUUGCCUCCGCUGAAGAGGAGCUAUUAUCAUUCGUUGAAGGGUAACCUGGGGGGUGAAAAGGCUCCAAUAGAAGAUGACAAUGCAGUGGAUGAUAUUACGGAGGAAGGUAAGCAUGCAGUGGUUGAUGACUACUUGAUCCUGCGUUCAACUACACCCAUGGUCUUGCCUUUGGGAAGAGAUGAAUGGAGCGAUAAUGAAGCGGUAGUUUCAAUUGAUGAAGGUGACGAGGAGCCACAACCACAACAAGAUGUUGCCAUUAAACUGGAACUGGCACUGGAUGCUGGCGAAACUAAUUCAACCUUUGAGCAAGGUUUCGCUCCGAACUUACCGCCACGAAAUCAGCAAUAUUCUCAUUUAACCUUGUCAGAUACGGAAAGCGAAGGAAUGCUUGGUUCAAGCUCGUUUAUGCCUCCUCAAACUGGCUAUCCUGACUCCACCAAACCAUCAAAUAUUAACUCGCCAUUGGAGACAAAUUUUGCCGAUGAGGAAGCUCAAGAGUCGCAUUCGAAGUUGGUUACAAGAAAUUCAAUUUUAUUAUGUGAUUGGAACAAAGAUGUCUAUUCAAAACUAUUUGGAGACCCUGUUUUGAUUACUUGGGACUCCAACCUGAUUCCACAACUCGUCAACCAAGAAUUGGCAGUAAACAAAGCAAGGUUCGAACGUCAGCGUAAGAGUAAGAUUACUUUGGUAGAUUGCUUGAAAAGUUUUAGUACUCCUGAAGUGCUUGGUGAACAUGAUUUAUGGUAUUGCCCUCGCUGUAAAGACCAUAAGCGAGCUACAAAAUCGAUUCAAAUUUGGUCCACGGGUGAUAUUUUAACUAUCCAUUUAAAGAGAUUUCAUAGUGCUCGUGCAUUCAGUGACAAGAUUGAUAUUGUUGUUGACUUUCCCAUCGAAGGAUUGGACAUCGGUCCAUAUGUGGCGAACCCAACAAUACAAGAAAAAGAUUGUAUUUACGACUUGAUUGCUGUUGAUAAUCACUAUGGAGGAUUGGGCGGUGGUCAUUAUACUGCAUCAGUGAAGAACUUUAAGGAUGAUAAAUGGUACUAUUUCAAUGAUAGUAGAGUCACUGAGAUUAGCAAUACAGACGAGCUCAUAUCAAGUGCUGCUUAUUUACUUUUCUAUCGCAGAAGGAGGCCAGCUAAUGAGUCAUUGGGUGGUGAAGGUUUGCGUGAUAUCCUCAAAAGGGGAGAAGAAGAAUACAAAUUAAAAGCUAUUGAAAAGCAAGUAGCCAUCACCGAUUUGCAAAAUCUGAUUGAAAGGUAUUACACGGCUUUACGAUUCAACCAGAACCAGGAUGGUGAGGUGGAUUAUGAGAGUGAGGAAAAGUUGAAUGGUGAAGCCGCUGUCGAUGAUAAGAGCAGUAGUGAAGAAGACGAAGUCUCGAGGAGAGCCAGAAGACAGAGAGUGUUACUGAAGGAAGGGGAUGAUGGGGUGAGCUCGUUGCGUCACAGCAAUAGUAAAAGACAGAAAAUGAACUCGAGUCCUCCUGAAGAUGCAGAUAUACUGUCUGAAAACUCAGAUGGUUCCAGUCCUGUGAAUACGAGUGUAGUACAGGCGGAUGCUGACAAGGGGGUAUCUUUAACAAGCAAAGGUGUUGAAGCAGAAGAAGAGCUGUCUGGGCUGGAAUUAGUGUAG